AUGGCGUCACCGAAUCCGAGGAAAGAGGCCCUCGUAACACCUGGUCCUCCGAGGUUCACAUCUACAACUUCUCCGGACCAGACAGUUGACCGCUCGAUGUCUUCAAUAGUAAUCCCAGACAUGCAACCACAGAGUUCAUUUUCGAAAACAACACCUAGCGAGUCAGACUUCUGUGUCCCAGAUAACACAGAGGAGUUUUGGGCCGACAACCUACGCCAAGCGCGGAAGAAGAUAGCUCACAUCCAGGCAACAGUCGAUGCGAAUGUCAAGAUAUCCACCCACAACCUCCUGGUCUCUGGUCUUGAGCAAAAGGAAAUCCAGCAACUUCUGCAGAAAAAGCAUAGUGGCUCUAGGGCCACUUUCACCGACGAGCAAGUUUUAUUCCAAAUCAUUCCGGGAAAUGCGCAUGAGCAAUUGAUCGUGUUCUUACAGCAGAACUUCGUGAGGGCAAUGGAGGCGGCGAGUUGCCCGAUGACGAGAUCCACGUGGGUAGGCAUUGGCGCCACGAGCUCAAAGGGACGGUUUUGCGGAAAGGAGCCCGAUUGGGGUGUGAGGCCAAUCGCAGGCGGUACUUCGGGAGCCACCAACCUCCCCCCGGCAGAAGAACCCUGGCCGUCCCUUGUUGUCGAAGUUGGGUCUUCCCAAGGUCAUGCAUCGCUUCAGAGGGAUGCCCGAUGGUGGUGGAAUAACUCGGACGGUGCCACGAAACUUAUCCUCCUUUUCAAAAUCAAAGACACCCGGGGCUUUGCAGUCGAGGUAGAGUUAUGGGAAGAGGUGGUAGCCCAUGACACCGGCGUGGCAACCCGAUCGCGGCCUCCGUCUAUCUCAACUAACCUGCAACGGACGCAAUCCACCACUGUUGAUGCCUCCGGCCAACAUUCUAGCAUCUCACUUCGCUAUUCAACUUUGAUGAGGCAGCCCCCGGGCCCAACCCACCCAGAAUUCGUUGUCCUCACCCCUGGGAUGUUAACUGACAUCUGUGCUCCCACUGUUUGA